AUGAACUCGGCGCGAACAGAGAUAAAUGACCUCCCAAACGAUGUCCUUUCAUCAAUAUUUGACCUCAUCUAUGAAAGGAGUCGAAUUUCGGUCGAGAGAUGCGUCACAGUAGCGGAGGACGAUGGCGAGAGGGAAGGCAAGCAACGUCGCGUCUUCUUGCUCUCAUUUCACUCUAAAACGAAAGCAGUAUCUCAAGUAUUCGGCGACUGGCCAAAUGCCGAUCUCAAGAACCCUACUCUCUUUCCGAUGUCUGUCGCCGCCGUAUGCCAACCAUGGCGCGACCUCCUCAGGAGCACCUCAAAAUACUGGACGAGGAUAGCCAUCGACAAGGAUCUCAACGGGCUCCCCGUUCUCGUGUUCAACAGCGCGGAGUGGAGUUUGGGCAGCGGAGAUGUCGCAGAGGAGAAACAAUGCGUCGAGACGCUGACGACGGCCCUUCUUCCACAUUUGAAGAGGUGCAAGAGAGUAGAGUACGCUCUGAAGCACGCGACUUCGCUGCCUCACUUCGCGGACAUCGUCUCCCAGAGCCCGACGAACCUCGCGGCAAUCAGGUUGGAAGCUCGUUGGCAAGAUGGACGCGACGUGCACGGCAUAACCCUCGGUCUUGCUCUCGACAGUGCGCCAUUGAACACCCUUCACGAAAUAUCCAUCACCGUCCCUAUGUUCAUGUCUCUGCGAGGUUACUCGUUCCUCAAAGUCAUAUCGGAAGCACGCGACCUCGAGCUAUCCUUCACUGGCCACUCAUUUCGCUAUCCUACGGAAGCCUUUUCCAUCGACGACUUCUUCGAGGCUCUGCACUUCCUUCGGACGAUCCACCAUCUCAAGUUCACCGACGUCUCUUUUCAUCUUGUUGAUAAUGAAUCCUGGUCCAAAUCCUACAGAAGAAGGGGCGAUUAUCGAAAUCUCUCAGUGGAAACCCUCUCGCUCGAACGCAUCCAAGCGCCUUUCACCGCUGCUUUCUUCACCUACCUCGACUCCGACGUCACCUCGGCUAUAUUUACAAUGUGCGAGCCACCCGACUGGAUUUUCAACAGGGAGAUCCUGAUACACAAAUUGCAUCUGGUCAAUUUACCCGCAUGGACGGACCCCGCGGUGUUUCUCUACAUGUGGACCGGUGUCGAGCUUCAUGUACAGAACUGCUCCUCGUUCAACAACAAUACCUUACAUUGGCUGGCGCAGAAGAACGAUCCCGGGGCAGUCAACCUCAGGACGCUAUCUCUGGAGGACUGCAGUAACAUCAUGUAUUCGGGGCUGAGCCAUUGGAUCGAGCAAAGGAUCAAGGCGUACGAGGCACAACCGAACGACUCGGGUGGUUGGAAACGGCCACCCGUUUUCUGUCAGCGCCUUCGAAGAUUUGACCUAGUGGGUGACGUCGUGCGGCUAUCGGAUUGGGAGAAGGGGUGGCUGCGGGAAAAUGUCGGAGAAGUCAACAUCCAGUAUUACUCAGAUGAAUCGGAGGAUUUGGAGGAAUCGGAAGACUCGGAAGACUCAGAGGAGUGGGAUGACUUUGAAGAAUGA